GGCUCGCGCUGACAUACUCUACCGACACUGCGUCCAAGAAACUCGUGUUUCAGUGCCUUUUCAUUUUAUUUAUUAAAAAAACAUCUUAUUUAUAUAAUAAAAUUUAUCUAAUUUUAAUAUUUUUUUGUGAAAAUUUCUGCGUUUAUUUCAUGUAUUUAUGUGCUCAAAACUGCUCAAUUCUAAGUAAAUGUUAGUAUAAGGUAAAUUGUGGUUGUGAAGUGCGGUUUGUGACAUACGGUUGAUAUUAGAAUAGUUUGGCUCGACACUCGGUUAGUGUCCUCGCUGUCGGCGCCGGCGCCGCGGGUUCACGGUGCGUUCCACGGAACAUUGAUAUAUCAGUGGUGGGUUGAUGUGCGAUGCGAUGCGCGACAAACUCGCGUCGUGGGUACGAGCUUCGGUGCGGGCGACGGACAACGCUGACAAGUUACACAAUGGAGGCAUUGCACCGGUGCUGGUUUUCCCUGAUGAAGGGGGCGCACGCGAAGGCGGACUGGUGUGGCGCGGGUGCGCCGCCGACUGCGACGCCGAGGACGGCGCGGCGGGAGCGCUCGCCGACGGCAACGCCAACCCAGGAGACAAGCUGGAGGGGUCGGACGCAGCUGCGGACGACCCUGUUCACCUCAAGAGACGGGUGGGACUCUUCAGUGGGGUGGCUCUAAUCGUCGGCACUAUGAUUGGUUCUGGUAUAUUCGUGUCGCCCUCUGGGCUUUUGGAGCGCACCGGCUCAGUGGGCAUAAGCUUCAUCAUAUGGAUGGCGUGCGGUCUGCUCUCGCUGCUAGGAGCGCUGGCUUAUGCGGAGCUAGGAACGAUGAAUACAUCCUCUGGAGCCGAGUACGCGUACUUUAUGGACGCUUUCGGUGGACCUCCUGCAUUUUUGUUUUCAUGGGUAUCGACAUUGGUCUUGAAGCCCUCCCAAAUGGCCAUCAUCUGCCUGACCUUCGCCAAGUACGCCGUGGAACCCUUCGUGUCAGAAUGCGAGCCACCUGAUUCACUUGUCAAACUUGUGGCCGUCAUAUCUAUUGUAAUGAUACUGGCGGUCAACUGCUACAGUGUGAAUCUAGCGACGAAUGUCCAAAACAUCUUUACUGCGGCUAAAUUGGUAGCGAUUGCUAUAAUCGUCUGCGGGGGAGCAUACAAAUUGAUACUAGGUAAUACGCGACAUUUACAGGAGCCCAACUUCGCCAGUAGCACGGCGACUCUGGGCAACAUCGCCGCAGCCUUCUACACCGGCCUCUGGGCCUAUGACGGCUGGAAUAACCUUAACUAUGUUACUGAGGAAAUUAAAAACCCAUCCAAGAACCUUCCAAUGAGCAUAAUAAUUGGCAUCCCACUGGUGACGCUGUGCUACGCGCUGGUGAACGUGUCGUACCUGGCGGUCAUGUCGGUCAGCGAGAUGGCAGACAGCGGCGCGGUGGCCGUCACCUUCGGCAACCGCCUGCUCGGCCCCAUGGCCUGGCUGAUGCCCCUCGCUGUCACUAUCUCCACCUUUGGUUCUGCUAAUGGAACUUUGUUUGUUGCGGGAAGGUUAUGCUUUGCGGCGUCUCGUGAAGGACAUUUACUGGAUAUCCUGUCGUACGUCCACGUGCGUCGCUUCACACCUGCUCCUGGGCUGAUAUUCCACUCGUUGAUCGCAGCAGCGAUGGUGUUGUACGGGACGAUAGACUCUCUGAUAGACUUCUUUUCAUUCACUGCCUGGAUAUUCUACGGCGGCGCCAUGCUCGCCCUCAUUGUUAUGAGAUACACGAAGCCCCACGCGCCUCGACCGUACAAGGUGCCAAUAAUAAUCCCGUACGUGGUGCUGAUCGUGUCGACGUACCUGGUGGUCGCGCCGAUCAUCGACAAGCCGCAGUGGGAGUACUUGUACGCGGGCGCCUUCAUCCUCGGCGGCCUGCUGGUCUACGUCCCCUUCGUCAAGUGGGGAUACUCGCUGCCGUUUAUGGAUAACAUUACAGUAUUUCUGCAAAUGGUGUUGGAGGUUGUGCCAACGUCCACGACUUUCGAAUACUAAGACCGCGCUGUACUUAAAAGGCAUUUGUAAAACUUGAGUAUUUUGGCUCUGGUAAAUGUAUCGAGCUUUCGAGAGCUUGUGGGAUUCUCAGACGGCGGGAAAUCUCUGAAAAUCCUUUUUUGGUACGCAUAGUGUUUAAUAAAUUGCUGUCAAGACAUCAAAUGUAUUUCGAUAGAUUACCUAGUUUAAUUAUAUAAUAAAAUUAUAAACAAGGUGAUUACAGAAUACAGAGUAAUUUUCUUAACAUUUUUAAAACCCAAAAAGCAGGAAGUAUUUUUCUAGAACAAAACUAAGCAACUUAUAAGUCGUCUGGCAGCCACUGUUUAGGUACUUAUUUUGGUUUCAACUUAAGUCCUAACGCCAGUUAUUGGGUGUAUAAGGAAUCUAACAUUCGACACUUUCAAUAUUAUGUAUUAAAUAAAUUAUUUUUUGACUGAUAUAACAGGUUCCUUUUUGUACUUUUAAAAAUUAUUAUCUACACAAAAAAUCAAAAGAAUAUUAAACAUUUAAUAGUUUAUAUGGUUGUUGAUUUUUUUAUGCGAAGUGAAAUAUUUUUCAAGAUUUUACGCAAAUAAGUUUUGUAUAUGUAUAACUUUUAAUCAAGGACAUAGAUAUCCCUGAAGCGAUAGCGUAAUAAUAUUUUGAUUUUGUGGGAUAUUGAUUUGUAGAAUUGUGUACUAAACAUUUUUUUUAUAUGGACAUCUUAUUGUUAGACAGUAAUAAAACACGUUAUUGGGUUAUUACGAAAAUGAGGAUAGUUGGAAAUUUGGAAAUUCAAUCAAAAAAUACCAAAACGCUAUUUUUUCACAACAAGACGUUAAACUUAUAACGCCCCUAUUUUUUGUUAUUGUUGUAAUUAAACAUGCCUUAUAUCAUUUUAGAAAAGAGCUGAUACUCUUACACUUUUGGAACGAUGUUAACAUAGCUAAGAAGUAAGGACCAUCGCCAGGAAAUUGGCUUUCCAAAAAAAAAAAAAACAUAUCGAAGUCGGUCCAUCAUUUUGCUACGAUGUCACAGGCAGACAUCGAAGUCAAACUUAUAACAUCCUUCUUUUUGCGUUGAGGUUAGAAUAGACUUGUACGAACAUAUUAUUCCUUUACUGAUUUCCCUAGUUACCCGAAAGCAACUUAGUUAGAAACUAUAAUGAUAUACUCGUACUCAGUGCCGGCUUUAGUACCAGCGCCUCUGGGCGAGUUUUUGGCGGCGCCCCUCUCCCAUUGAAACCCAUACGCACAAAAAUUGAUGAUUACCUACUAGCAGACGCCCGCAACUUUAGUUUCAAAAUCCUGCGGGAAUUAUGGAUUUCUCCGUGAUAGAUAGGAGCUUAUUUGCUAGAAUUCACUCGGCUCCCUGCAACUCACUUGAUGUCCUCGGUCUAUUUGAUGCGGCGCUCCUUUAUAUCUAUCUGGCGCCCCUGGGCAGUCGCUCAACCGCGCCCUAUCCUAAAGCCGCUCCUGCUCGUACUUUUAGUGAAAAUUGAAUGUUAUCCCACGGACUUCUCACAUUAGCUAUUAAUUUAUUUUGAUCGAUUUUGUAAAAUGAAAUUGUCGCUUCGGGGAUAUCUACGACGCUUCGGCAAUUGUGUUACUUUACAAGUAAAUUAAAGAUAAUAAUAAUUAUGUUGUUCAAAAAAUAUUAUUAGCCAGUUAGGCUUAAACAAUUGCGUUUAGAUAGGAUACUUACAUUAAUUCAUCUCAUUUCAUUAGUUUGCACGAAUCAUUCCUACGGGCACUUGCGAUGAGUUUACCCAAACAAUCGGUUAUUAUUAACUGUUUCUGGAUAACAUGACUUGGAUUUAACAUGACAACAAUAAAGUAUUGAAAUAAUUCUACUGUUGUAAGAUUUAGUACUUCGAUCCUAAGCGAUGCGAUCGUCGAAUUGGAAAUGAAAAAAAAAUUGUCUAAAACCAAAAUUGUUGCUAGGCUGUAUAAUUUGUUAGAAUGCCAAAGAAGGUAACUUUUGUUAUUAAAACGUAUGACGUUUUGUAAAUAUUGGUGUGGUAGUUACGAGAAAGUGUCUUGUGCAAAUCCAAGGUUGUAUAAGAUUCUCGGGAUAAUCUCUAGGCUUGAAGCCCCAUUCGCGUCACUAUGAGUGAUUGUGCUAAACUCAUAGUCUAUAGUUCAUUCGUAGUUAACCUUAGUUAUUAAAAAAAGAAUUAGGGGCAUUGUUUAAUUUAGUUUGUCAAUUUUGCAAUAUAUUUACUUACAGGGGAUAGGUAGCGAAAUAUGAUCUUAAUUUGAUAUAAGUAAUUAAUAAAUAUUUGUCACAUUUGUUGAAUUACAAAGUACAAAGUGGUAGUUGAAAAGUAAGACCACUUAAAUUUAUUAUUAUUAAUGGAAUAUCUACUUUCUUCAGUGUUUUUAAAAAUCAUCCUGGUUUUUCACAACGAAAAACAUAAAACAGAAAGAAGAAAAUUUAAUUAUUGUGUUCAUAACAAUUAACAAAAAACUAAAACGUUAAGUACUUUAAAAUUUACUAAACGGUACUAAAACUGUUUUAAACAAACCUCUAUUUUAAAUUUACAGGUUUUCAAAUAGUAACUAGAAGGAACACAGAAGAACUAAGGCAUGAUACCUUUCAAUUUAAUUUAAGAGAUUUGUUUAUAAUCGAAUUAGUACUUGAAAUGUUUUGCCAUACAUAGGAAGGAAAUGGACGACUUCGCGACGCUGGCAGGAGUUAUAGAGUUGUAGGAUACUAGUAAAAUGUUAACCGUCGCGCUCGACGUGACGUGUUGUGUAUUAACUAGUAUGUUACAACGGCUCACGUCACACCAGCAUCGCGUCGCCGUCCCGCCCCGUCCGUUAGAGCGGGGGCACACGAUGCGUUGCGGCGCCGCAUUGCAAAGAUUUCACCAUAUGAGCGGGCACAUGAGCGGUGCGGCGCCGCAACGUUAUUAUGUCGCAGCGACGCCGUAGCAGUGUUGGACAGUCUGUUAAUAAAAUAAUGUGACGCAUAAGCAACUGAGCGGUGCCGCUCUGACGUCACAACGCAUCCACCCCUCCCCGCCUCGUCUCGGUGGUUGCAAGUCCGGUGCGGCGCCGGAGCGCAUCGUGUGACAUGCCAUAGAUUCUAUGUAAGACGACGCAGCGACACCGCGUGUGCCCCCACUCUUAUUUGGCGAAACCUUCACAGUCGGAGACUAUCUGCUGAGGCACAAUGUAGCUUAUUUGUGACUAUCAACUACGAUUAUUAGAUAGCUGGAAAUAAAAAUGGAAAUUUAGUCCAAAAAUACUAUUUGGGGAUAAGUUGCUGUGUUCAUUAAUUUUCGACUUUUAUUUCAAGGCCUUCAAAUUCAAUAAUAAUUAUAUAGUAACAAGUGCACUGCAAUGCGCCUCACCAGAUAUGCACCGGCCCUUAGGAGAAAUGGAUUAAGCUAAUAAAGCUGUCGGUACACUAUCCCAUAUUAAAGACUAAAGUGUGGUUUUCAUUAAUCUUUCUACAAAAGACUGCUGAACUUUGCGACCGGUAAAAAUUGGUCCUAUCAUUCCUUACCGGGGCAAAACGAAGCGGUCGCCGUUGUUUUUCGAUCUAUUUUUAUAUUGUAUUUUUUUUUCUUUUACAUAGAUUACUGUUUGAAAGUGUGAAAUAAAAGUAUGUAAUAAUCAAGUCGAGUCACUUGUAAAUGUGGAAUUUAUCCAUAAAACUUAUUGUAUUAGAUGCUUUGAAUAGCAUAUGAAGUUUGUAUUGCAAUAUUAUUAUUUUUGAAAUUGACAGUCAAAUUACCCUGUUUAGAAAUUAAACCCAUAGAAGCUUAGAAAUGAUAAAUUGCCCCAUCCCGUUUGCUCUAUAUGUGUAGAAGCAUUGUAGAAGUAAUACCUAAUGUAAUGUCUACAGAAUAUAAAUAAUAUAUCAAUUGCUGUCUAUAUAAUUGUAUGUAACUUCUAAGAAAUUGGGCACACAAGUACACACCUGACGAUGUGAUAUUGUUAUGGGUAAAGCGAAUGGUUUUAUUUUUGUGUACAGAUGUAAUAUCAAAUACAUGGAAUACCAUAUAUGUACUUAUCUCUACAAGGAGGACAGAUUUAUUUAUUGUUAUACACUACAAUUGAACUAAAUAAAAUUUUAAAUAAAGACAAGUGAAAUUUU